AUGAAGAACGAGAAGGACCAAAAUGUGGAGACGAAGAGGAUCCUGAUUAAAGGCCAAAGGAAGGAAAAAAUCAAAUUGUGGAUUGAUGCAAAUACUCAACCAAGGAAAGCAUGGAUCAAGAUCCAUGUGAGAGAAAGAGAAGACGGCGAUGAAGAAGAGAAGAAGAUUGACACGUUCUUUAAGCUCAUCAAAAGUUAUCAAGAAGCACGGAAACGAAGAAGAGAAGAGUUGGCUGAAAAUUCAGGAGACGUGAAGAAGAAAACUAACGUCGGAGAGACAUCCGGUGCUGUAGUUCCGGCGUUUCAGCCGGAAGAUUUCUCUCAGUGUAGGACGGAUGUGAAGCCACUGAUGGCUGUUUCAGAUCACAAGGAAGGGGAUGUAAAGGUGAAAGAAGAGGAGGAACAAGCAGAUAAGGAGGGAGAAGAAGAGAAGGGUUUAGAUCUUUAAUCUUG